GUGACUCAUUUCAAGAAAAAACUGAACUCCACAUUUAUUCCCAAUGUGUAUAUGCAUCUACAGGCCAUCACAGGACCCGAGCUCCAGUUCUUCGACGUCGUCGCAAGCUGGCCUGGCUCCGUCCAUGACAGUAGGAUUUUUGAUAACUGUCGAGCCAAGGUCCUCUACGAGGAAGCAGUGAUGACCGGGGUGCUCCUUGGGGACAUGGGCUAUGCCUGCACACCGUAUUUGAUGACCCCCUUUGCAGAUCCAGGCAAGGCAGGCAGCCCUCAUGACAGGUACAACAAGGCCCAUAUCAAAACUCGAAACAGCAUCGAGAGGGCAUUCGGGGUUUGGAAGCGGCGCUUUCCAUGCCUCGACAUGAGGCUUCAGCACAAGCCCGCGCGAUCUGCAGGCAUCAUCACGGCCUGCGCAGCUCUCCACAACCUGGGACGGCAACUGUUGGACCCUUGUCCGCCAGCCGUGCCCCUGCCCCCACUGCCAAAGCCCCGGCGCAGAAGGCCCUUGCCACCGUUGCCGCGGCUUCCAGCCGACACAGGAACGAACGUGAGAAACACAAUUAUUGCUAGGCACUUUACUUAAGUUCUUGCACCCUCUUUCGGUGUCCUCCAAGGAUCAAACCUAUGGCCACUUCUUUUUCUUGUAUUUAUCAAUGAUCGAAACUUGUGCGUAAACAAUGUGGAUGCUUUUAUAUGCGGAUGACAUCAAACUUUUUACGAAAAUUCAAUCACAAGAUGACUGUGUUUUUUUACAGGAUGAAAUAUUACGCAUUUCUGAACGGUGUUCUGAAAAUUUUUUA